AUGCACGGUGGCUCCACCCUCAAGAUCCGACCCAGAUACACCUCCUACGAUAACUACAUUCACCACCAACUUCAGAAAACCACCAACCCGAGGCUCCGAGAAAUAUGGACCACCCGAGAUUGGGACCGAAAAAUUCGUGUUUUCACACAAUUCUUUUCGGAUCUAAAGCACAAAAACCUGUUAUCCAAUUCAUCUAAAGCUCUCUGUGUCGGAGCUAGAGUCGGGCAAGAGGUGGAGGCUUUGAAACGGGUCGGAGUGUGGGAUUCUAUCGGGUUGGAUCUGGUACCAUACCCGCCUCUUGUUAUCGAAGGUGACUUUCAUCGUCAGCCGUUCGAUGACGAGACUUUUGACUUUGAGUUUUCGAAUGUGUUUGACCAUGCAUUGUACCCGGAUAAGUUUGUAGGGGAGAUCCAACGGACGUUGAAGCUUGGUGGGAUCUGUGUGUUACAUGUGGCGUUAUCCAGACGGUCGGAUAAGUACUCUGCUAAUGAUUUGUAUAGUGUUGAACCGUUGAUUAAGUUGUUUAAUGGGUCGGAUUUUCUUUACUCCAGGAAAGUCGAUGGGUUCGGGUUGGAUACUGAAGUGGUUUUUAGGAGAACGAAAGCAAUCCAACGGUCAGGAUUUUAG